AUGGCUGGAGCGCUGGGGGCCAGGGCUGCUCGCGCCUCUGCCAAGGGCCUGAGAGCCUCUUCACUCAGAACCUACGCCACCGUCACUUCGAUACCUCCCAAGCCUCACCACCGUGUGGUCGUCGUCGGUGGCGGCACAGCCGGCGUGACUGUCGCUGCCCAGCUGGCGCGCUCGAAACAGUUCCAGAAGGAUGACAUCGCCAUCCUCGACCCGGCCAAGGACCACCACUACCAGCCUGGAUGGACUCUCGUCGGCUCUGGACUCAAGCCCUUGAGCGAUAUGAGCCGUCCACUCUCGAGCCUCAUCCCGUCUGGUGUCACGCAUUACCCCCUGCAGGUCUCCAAAUUCGACCCUGAAAACAACCAGCUCAAGACGGCAGACGGCGUCGAGGUCUCCUACGACUAUCUGAUUGUGGCUCCCGGCCUUGAGACCAACUUCUCGGGGAUCAAGGGUCUCCCCGAGGCUCUCCAGGACCCCGGCAGCAAAGUGAGCUCCAUCUAUUCCAACAAGACCGUGGAGCAGGUGUGGAAGAACAUCCAGGACUUCAAGAAGGGGACGGCCGUUUUCACCCAGCCGGCUGGCGUCAUCAAGUGCGCCGGCGCGCCACAGAAGAUCCUCUGGAUGGCCCUGUCACAGUGGGAGAGGGAUGGUGUGAGGAAGGAAAUCCUGCCUUACUUUGCCACUGGCGGCCCCGCCAUGUUCGCUGUGCCAAAGUACUCCAAGGCUCUCGAGGAGCUGCGUGUCAAGCGCCGCGUCGAAGGACUGUUCCAGCACAACUUGGUAUCGGUGGAUGCGUCAAAGAAGGUCGCCACUUUCAAGAAUCUCGCCGCGGAUGGCAAGGAGGUUGAGAAAGAGUUUGGCUUCCUGCACGUGGUUCCUCCUCAGAAGCCUUUCGACUGGGUGGCAAAGUCACCUCUGGCCGACUCUGCUGGAUGGGUCGACGUUGACAAGACCACAACCAAGCACAACAAGUACUCCAACGUCUUCUCCAUCGGCGACGCCUCCUCGCUGCCCAACUCCAAGACCGCGGCCGCCAUCAGCUCCCAGGCCCCCGUCCUGGUCGACAACCUGCUGUCCACCAUCCGCGGCGAGCAGCUCAAGGCCGGCUACACCGGCUAUGCCUCGUGCCCGCUGCUGACCGGCCACAACGAGCUCAUGCUCUGCGAGUUCAAGUACGGCGGCGUCCCCGACGAGACCUUUGCCAGGGUCCCCGGCAUCGGCAGCCAGGACGUGCCCCGGAGGGUGUUCUACCACCUCAAGAAGGACUUCUUCCCUAGCGUGUACUGGAACAGCUUUGUCAAGGGGACGUGGUUCGGGCCUAAGGCUUGGUUCAAGCCUGACACGGCCAAGACUGAUUAG